AAAGCCAAACAUCCAUUGCUUCGACCAGGAUGUGUGUGAAUUAUUGUUUUCUCGUUUAUUUUUUUAGCCUAUGAUGGCUCGCUGCUAUAGAUUUUAUCGAACAAACAACGCGCAUUCGGUGACGGUCAGUAGAAAUAUCGUGGUGGCUCGAAAAAGUGAAGAAAACCGACCACGCGCCAAACACACAGAAGUGCUACGACGGUAGACGGUUCUGGUGGCAUCAAGAAGAAAACACUAGCAGUAGGCACGAAAAUUGUAGCAGUAGGCACGUUUGUCGUGACGCACAACCUUAACAACGGUGUAGUAGAUGGCCCUUCCUUGUUGGUUGCCGAUUCGGUAACCUUGCAGCGCCAUUACCAACCUCCACGCUUCCAGACCAGACGCACAAAUACCCAUCGAUUGUGUAGCGAGUAGGAUUCAAAACACGACACGACGACUUCCCGGACAAUGCCAUGGAUCGGGUGAAGCUGUGCGAUCAGAUACUGUUGCAGAAGCUGCAUCUGCUAAGCAAUGAAGUGCUGCGCACGAACCACGGUAUCACCGAACGGGACAUGGAGGAGGCGUUCAAGCAGUCGAUCGGUUACCGUGCGCCCAGAUUCUUCCCGCAGAACGAUGGCAUCCUGGCGAUCGUGUACAGUGCCAUAUUUGUGGUGGUGCUCUUCAUCAUCACGCCGUUUCUGGCCGGGUUUCUCGAGCUAGCGCUCGGUAUGCGCUGCAUCGUGCCAAACAACUAUCUUAUCUGGGAAGCGACGCGUCCCGUUUCGAACUGUGACUUUUGCCGUGGUGUCGACCGGCCAAUCAUACUGCAGAACUUGACGCGCGAAGAGUUUCAACCGUACGCGUACUCGUCGCGACCGAUCAUCAUUAAGCGAGCGGUAUCGCAUUGGCCGGCGGUGCGACUGCUCAACUACACGUUUCUGAAGGAUCUGUACCUAAAGCACCCGGCAGCGCUGGACAGUCUGCACGAGGACUGUCAGUUUUUGCACUUCAAAUCGAACUUCCAAACGUUGCGCGAUGUCUUCCGGAUGUCGGACGAGCGGGCCGAAUUUCGGGCGGGUCAGCAACCGUGGUACGUUGGGUGGAGUAAUUGUAAUCCGGCCGUACUGGCGGAACUGCGCAAGCUGUACCCCAAGCCACACUUUCUGCCGGACGAUGCCGAAAUGCCCAACACCGAUUUCGUGUUUCUCGGGUACGAGCAGGGUGCUGUGAUGCAUAUCGAUUACAUCCCCCGGUUGAUGUGGCAGGCGCAGUUGCGUGGCAACAAAAGCUGGAUCUUAGCACCGACGCCCGAAUGCGACGCAGAAUGUCGUAGCUUUAGCUUCUACGUUGAGCCCGGUGACGCGUUGCUCGUUGACACGCGGCUUUGGUACCACGGUACGUUUAUCCAUUCGAAGGGAGAGUUUUCUCUCACCAUACAGUCCGAAUAUGGGUAAAAGGAGAUUCAACACCACCCUAAAGAAAGAUGGUGUAAAAAAAAGCAACCUUAGACCGGAAACGCCAAUUACAGUAUAUGGAAAGUAAAAGAUUUCUGCAGUCCUUACUCGAUAGCACCGGCGGAUCGUUUAACGAUCGUCAGUAACACCGUGUGCGGAAGCAACAGAUUCGCCGAAUGCAAUCAUCUUAUCAACCCUUCGUGUGCUUCGCAUGUUUUUUUUAACUCAGUGUUUUGCGAUUUCGUUUUCAAGUGUUUCAGUGUAUUUUUUUUUUACGUUAAGUGUUUGCAGUGCUCAAAUUAUUUUCAUUUGCUAGUGCCAUUUUAACAUAUUUAUUGUACAGUAGUGGUUUCAUUUGUGUGUUGUGUUUUGUUUUUGUGCUUAACAAUAGUGGACCUGGCUCUGUUUUGCUGCGCGCAACGGUAGAACACAUCGUUCUCAGUAUGCAUUUUAUUUUUAUAUUAGCUUCCAGUGUGUAUAUAAUUAAGACCCAAAUGCCACCACAAAACGGUCUCAUGGCAGGAUGGAAUGUUUACAUGUAGAAAACCAAAAUGGAAGAAACAAAAAAACGGAUGAUUACAUUAUUUACAAUGCAGCAAUCAAACCAAACCCCGUUCCGAGAGCAAUAAAUCUGAUUGUAGCUGAAUACACACGCUAGUGAUACGGUAGAAUGUGUCAAAAAGAAAGUCCGUAAAUAUGCGGAGGUUCGUUUUGUUAC